AUGCUGUCUGAUAGUCGUAAAAGAAGACAGAGCCGAUUCAGUACACCAGAAGUCAAUGAGUCUUUAAGGGAUAAACAAGAAACUAAACGUUUGGACCGCGAGGCUAGAAAGGCACUUAUUGACAGUCGUUAUAACUUUCUGAUUGAUAAGGUUUCGCUCCAUUUUAAGAUGGAAAAAGGUUUUAUUAUAGAUUGUCUUACGGAUGGAGAACAGGUAAGGCCAUCAUUGUGCUAUAUGUUUUCAGGUUCAUCUCAUUAA